UGUGCUGCUGCUCUGUGCAUGGCAAAGGGGGUGAAGUGCUGAAUGCUGCUUCUCGCUGCUGGAGCAGUAGGAGGAGGAGGCAGCUGGAGGAGUAGGCAGAACUGUGAGUACUGUGCUGCUGCUGCUGCUGCUGCUGCUGCUGGCUCAGCCUGUCUUUCCUAUAGAUCAGCUGUGCAUCCCACAGCUAUAGCAUUUCCACCCGGCCACUCUCCAGUCUCCUCUGCCGAACAGGGAUUGACUGUCUCUCCACCCUCCUGCUGCAUUUUCCCCACUGUGGAAGCAUAAAUGUGUGGACAUGGCUGGGGCACAGCCAGGGGUUCAUGCGCUGCAGCUCAAACGUGUCUGCGUCUCUGACACCUUGAAGAAAGGAUCCAAGUGUAUCAAAUGGGAUGAUGACUCCACUCUUGUGUAUCCCGUUGUCCUUAAAAUGGAUCCUAAUGGAUUUUUCCUUCACUGGGUGGAUCAAAACAAGGAGACUGAACUUUUGGAUAUAAGUCUGGUGAAGGACGCCAGGUGGGGAAAACAUGCCCGAACUCCAAAGGACCCAAAGCUGCGGGAGCAGUUGGAAGUUGGGAGUUUUGGCGGACGGUUGGAGUAUCGAAUGUUUACUAUUGUCUAUGGACCCGACCUGGUUAACAUCUCAUACCUUAACUUGGUAGCAUAUCAAGAAGAAAUUGCAAAGGAGUGGACAGAUGAGAUUUUCAAUCUGGCAACAAAUUUGCUGGCACAGAACAUGUCCCGGGACGCAUUUCUGGAAAAAGCGUAUACCAAGCUAAAACUCCAAGUCAAUACAGAGGGACGGAUACCAGUUAAAAACAUAUAUCGCCUAUUUUCCGUAGACCGAAAACGCGUGGAAACUGCACUAGAGGCUUGUAGUCUUCCAUCUGGUAGAAGUGAUUCCAUCCCUCAAGAUGACUUCAUACCAGAGGUUUACAGAGUCUUCUUAAACAAUCUGUGCCCAAGACCCGAGAUAGACAAUAUAUUCUCAGAGCUUGGCAUGAAAAGCAAGUCAUACCUCAGUGUUGACCACAUGACAGAAUUUAUUAACGUCAAGCAGCGGGAUCCACGGCUAAAUGAAAUCCUCUACCCGCCAUUGAAACAAGAACAAGUUCAGCAGCUAAUUGAGAAGUAUGAACCUAACAGCAGCUUGGCAUCAAAAGGUCAGAUAUCUGUUGAAGGAUUUAUGCGGUAUCUAAGCGGGGAGGAAAAUGGAGUAGUGCCACCUGAAAAACUGGAUUUAAAUGAAGAUAUGUCUCAGCCCCUUUCUCAUUAUUUUAUUAAUUCCUCACACAAUACCUACCUCACAGCGGGGCAGCUGGCUGGUAACUCCUCAGUAGAGAUGUAUCGUCAAGUCCUUCUGGCUGGCUGCCGCUGUGUGGAACUAGAUUGCUGGAAAGGACGAACCGCAGAGGAAGAACCAGUAAUUACACAUGGAUUCACUAUGACCACUGAAAUAUCCUUUAAGGAAGUUAUAGAAGCUAUUGCUGAAUGUGCUUUUAAGACCUCACCGUACCCAAUUCUUCUGUCUUUCGAAAAUCAUGUGGACUCACCAAAACAACAGGCCAAGAUGGCGGAGUACUGUAAGCUGAUCUUUGGGGAUGGGCUGCUGACAGAGCCACUAGAAAAGUACCAGCUUGAAUCAGGGGUCCCUCUUCCAAGCCCUAUGGAUCUGAAGUAUAAAAUCCUAGUGAAGAAUAAAAAGAAAUCCCACAAGUCGUCUGAUGGAAGUGCAAAGAAGAAGCUCGCAGAACAAGCGUCCAAUGCAUGCAGUGACUCUUCCAGUGUGUUUGAACCGUCGUCACCCGGAGCAGUAUGUCUUCCAGGUGAAGCCGAUAUUGAGAGUGAAGAAGACGACGAUGAUGAUGAUGACGACUGUAAGAAAUCUUUCAUGGAUGAAGGAACAGCUGGGAAUGAAGCCAGUGCCACCGAGGAGAUGUCUAACCUGGUCAACUACAUUCAGCCGGUGAAGUUUGAGUCUUUUGAGACAUCUAAAAAGAGAAAUAAGAGUUUUGAAAUGUCCUCCUUUGUGGAAACCAAGGGUCUUGAGCAGCUAACAAAAUCUCCAGUAGAAUUUGUAGAAUAUAACAAGAUGCAGCUUAGUCGAAUUUACCCAAAAGGAACACGUGUAGAUUCUUCAAAUUACAUGCCUCAGGUCUUUUGGAAUGCUGGAUGUCAAAUGGUGGCUCUCAACUUCCAAACAAUAGAUUUUUCUAUGCAGCUAAAUAUGGGAAUGUAUGAAUAUAAUGGCAAAUGUGGCUACAGACUGAAACCAGAAUUUAUGAGGCGGCCUGAUAAACACUUUGAUCCAUUCACUGAAACAACGGUAGAUGGAAUAGUUGCAAACACAGUCUCUGUAAAGAUCAUUUCAGGACAGUUCCUAUCAGAUAAAAAGGUCGGCACGUAUGUAGAAGUGGAUAUGUUCGGGCUGCCAGUCGACACCAAGAGAAAAGCGUUCAAAACAAAGACAUCGCAAAGCAACGCGGUGAACCCAGUAUGGGAAGAGGAGCCCAUUGUGUUUAAAAAGGUAGUGCUUCCCUCCCUGGCCUUUCUGAGGAUAGCCGCGUAUGAAGAAGGAGGAAAGUUCAUAGGUCAUCGGUUAUUGCCUGUUUCUGCCAUCCGGCCAGGUUAUCACUAUAUCUGUCUGAGAAAUGAGAAAAAUGUGCCACUGACGCUGCCUGCAAUCUUUGUCUACAUAGAGGUGAAAGACUAUGUCCCCGACACAUUUGCAGAUGUGAUUGAAGCUUUAUCAAAUCCAAUUAGAUAUGUAAAUUUGAUGGAGCAGAGAUCAAGACAGCUGGCAGCACUCACACUGGAAGAUGAAGAAGAAGUAAAGAAAGAGAUAGAAGCAGGUGACGUGCCAUUGGAAGCCAACAGUGAGCCGAGGCCGGCACCUGCAGAAAAUGGGCUGAAUCACGCUUCCACCUUAACGCCAAAGCCAUCAUCUCAGUCUGUUCACAAUCAGCCAGCUCCAGGUUCAGUAAAGGUUCCUGCUAAAGCUGCUCCUGCUGAGGACCUCAUAUUGAGCGUACUAACAGAAGUGGAAGCGCAAACUAUCGAAGAACUGAAGCAACAGAAGUCCUUUGUUAAGCUGCAGAAGAAGCAUUACAAGGAAAUGAAGGAUCUUGUAAAAAAGCAUCAUAAAAAAACUACUGACCUGAUCAAAGAGCACACCACUAAGUACAAUGAGAUUCAGAAUGAUUACCUGAGGAGGCGGGCCAUCCUGGAGAAGACGGCUAAAAGAGACAGCAAAAGGAAAUGUGACUCUGGGAGUCCGGAUCAUAAUUCUUCUACUGUGGAACAAGAUUUAGCUGCGCUAGAUGCAGAAAUGGCACAGAAAUUAAUAGAGCUGAAGGACCAACAGCAACAGCAGCUUCUCAAUCUUCGGCAAGAGCAAUACUACAGUGAGAAGUAUCAGAAGAGAGAACAUAUCAAACAGCUAAUUCAGAAGCUGACCGAUGUGGCAGAGGAGUGCCAGAACAACCAGCUGAAAAAACUCAAGGAAACAUGUGAAAAGGAAAAGAAGGAGUUAAAAAAGAAGAUGGACAAAAAGAGACAAGAGAAGGUCACAGAAACAAAGUCAAAAGAUAAAAGUCAAAUGGAAGAGGAGAAGACAGAAAUGAUCAGAUCAUAUAUACAGGAAGUUGUCCAGUACAUUAAAAGGUUAGAGGAUGCUCAGAGCAAAAGACAAGAAAAGCUGGUAGAAAAGCACAAAGAGAUUCGUCAGCAGAUACUGGAUGAAAAGCCCAAGGUUGAACUUGAUCAGGAAUACCAGGACAAAUUCAAACGACUUCCGAUGGAAAUUCAAGAGUUUGUUCAAGAGGCAAUGAAGGGGAAAUUCAGCGAAGAUGGAGAGCACAGCUCUGCAAUCUUAACGCCUGACAGUGGGAAGUCUACAAAUUCGGGAAAUCACAAAAGCCAGGAUCAUGAGGAGGAAGGAGAGGCAGAGACUCCGGACAAACCGUUGGACACAUCUCUCUAACUGGGACUGAGCAGUUGCAAUAUUUUUAGUGCUGUCAGGGAGUCAAUUCCCGCAUUGCCCUUUACAUAUUGUUUGCAGUGUGGAAGCUGACUCUGGAUAACAGAUAAUGCCGGAAGCAUACAGUGCUCUUUUUAAUGCACACUUCCAAGAGAAGCAAUUUUCUAUUGCACUCAGCACUCCAUUUUUAUUUUAGUAUUUAAUAUUAUUCCCAGUCUUGGUGCAUUUAUUGUGUAAGGAUUAACAUUCAUAUUUUAUCAUAUGUUGCUUCUUUGUUGGUGUUUUUGAGUAGGCAAAAAAAACCUGACUUCCUGGCCAUGCACACUGUUACGGAUGUGUAAAAAAGACUUUUAUUAUGUGUAGAAUCAAGUACACAGACAUUGGCAUCGAAGCGCUACUACAGUGGGCUACAGGGCAAGGACCUGUGUUGGAGUAAGGCAGCACAGUACGGGCAUUCAUGAAAACUCUUCUACAUGAAACUCUGUAAAAAUGAGGUGUGGCCCCUAGAAACCAAUCGGAUUUAAGCCCUCAUUGCUCUAGUCCACUUUAGAAAAUGAAAGCAGGCACCUGAUUGGUAGCUACGGCGGUCAUACCUUUUCUGCACAGCCAGCUGUAGGAUAGUUUCAGAAAUGUCUUCAUUGGUUAUUGUUUUCUAGCUGCACCGAAACAGCUCUUUACUAGGCUUAUGUUUGCACUGAGAGAUUUAACUUGUUGCUUUUGCAGGCACUGGAUGCUUGCUGUUUUGAUAUUCUAUGUUCCUGUAAAAUAAGAGAUAAUGCCUAUGUCUUUUGAGAACUGUGGUCAAAGUGUGAGAGUCCUCUGCAGCAAAUAUUUAUUGACCUAUACCCACAGCGCAUCGCGUACCCAAAGAUGUGUCGAACAGGUGGGAUUUUUAUGGGGGGUGAACCCCACGGAACAAAUAAGGUAGUCACAUGUGCAUGUUUCAACAAAGAAUACUAAUGUGUUGGUUAGAUUCUGCAAAUCAGUAACAAAGAUAGGUGUAAUAUAACUCUCCCCCCACAGUCCACACACCCAUUUUGUGGUAUUAGUGUUGUACUGUACGUUGAAGUAGUCUUUGGAUAUAAAUUAAAAAAUAUAGAUAUAUAUAUAAAUUUAAAUAUAUUUUGCAGGUUCAAAAAUAUUGAUUUUAAAGUACUGUAGUUUAUGUACAUUUUUUUUAAAAACUGUAAACAACGCAAACGGAAAACCCCGAAGAAAUAUAAGCUAACAAUAUUGUGCUGUAUUCAAAAACAAGGUCUGUUGCGGUGACUGGACUGUCCUUGAAUUGAAAGCAUUAUUGCAUGUUUGGGGUAUUCAUGAGGAAAGUAGCGGGAAUAGCGAUUGAGGGCCUGGCUGAGAAUUGGGCAAGUCCAAUGUGGUCUGCAAAAAUGCAGCAAUAGAAAGAAACAUGUUCAAUUCUAUAUCAUUGGCAUUUAUGGCCACCCACAUCUGGGGACAGAUAUGGGGGUAUAAGCACAAGCUAUAGUAUGCGCAACAGGGCUAUGCACGUAUAAGGUGUGGGCGUAAGAUUACACCUGAUGGUAUAAGACUAUUUUAGAGAAGGCCGUAUGUCCAGAUACGACUUUUAAGAGGUUCACCUGUGGUGGCCACUAAAGGCCUGGUUUAAAGAUAAGUAACAAGUCCCUGGAAAUUGCCACUUGUUAAGUUCGCCUGUCUAUACAUAGCGGGGGCAGCCAUUAUUGUGGAAUGCUGGAGGUUGAACCAAGGGAAUUUAGCCAAUCAGUGCUAGGAACAGUAACAUCAUCAAGUCAUUUUGUGAUUAAAAGUCAUGUUAUAUGACAAAUGUUACUGGUCUCUAAUUAAUUGGUCUGCAGUCUACAAAAUGAUUACCACAGCAUUUUAUGUAAAUGACAGGUGGUCUUUUUUGACAUGGGUUUGCGGACGGAUCCCUAUCUAUAAUCCUAGACCGGGUUGUUAACCUUGAGGCAUUUAACCAUGUCUGCCAACUGUCCUGAUUUAGGGAGGACAGACCCGAUUUGAGGGCUGUGUCCACCCAUCCCAACUGGGGGCUAAUGGAUGAGUCUCUGGACGGGACGGAGGUUAAUGUAUGGCUUAGAGAGUAAGAAGUAUUAGGCACAUCCCAUGCCCCUUUGUGGCAUGUCCCAAAGUGCUGCAGAGUUGGUAGGUAUGAUAACUGAUCAGCACAGCAGGAAAUGUAAAUAUUUUCAUUACUUUACCCCAUUUGUACUUAUCUGAGGGUUGAAGAUUACACUAAUUGUCUCAAUAUAUUGUACUGCAUCUAUGACUUAAGCGUCAUAUUUCAUCUAAAUAUAUGAAAGAUGUCAAAACAUUGGUUUUUCACCAUUCUUGUCUAUUAACUUUAUUUAUAUGUUAAGCUGGAUUGUUAUACAGGUUGAGUAUGCCAUAUCCAAAUAUCCGAAAUACGGAAUAUUCCGAAAUACGGACUUUUUGAGUGAGAGUGAGAUUGUGAAACUUUUGUUUUUUGAUGGCUCAAUGUACACAUAGUUAUUAAAAAUAUUGUAUUAAAUUCGCUUCAGGCUGUGUGUAUAAGGUGUAUAUGAAACAUAAAUUAAUUGUGUGAAUGUAGAUACACUUUGUUUAAUGCACAAAGUUAUAAAAAAUAUUGGUUAAAAUGACCUUCAGGCUGUGUGUAUAAGGUGUAUAUGAAACAUAAAUACAUUCUGUGCUUAGAUUUAGGUCCCAUCACCAUGAUAUCUCAUUAUGGUAUGCAAUUAUUCCAAAAUACGGAAAAAUCCGAUAUCCAAAAUACCUCUGGUCCCAAGCAUUUUGGAUAAGGGAUACUCAACCUGUAAUGUAAAAAGGAUUAUAAGACUAUGUAUUUUUCAUUAAUUCCCAUUGAGAGAAUAUGCUAAUUACUGUAUAAAAAGCUUCUACAGUAAACAUUAGCAGAUAAAGAACAGGGCAACGUUGCUCCUCCUUCCUCUUGAACAGGAAGUGACUUCACAUUGCACCCUCAGUUCUAACUUUCUGUAGUUGUCAAAACUAGUAGGACACAGAUAUUGGCAAGAUUUGCAAAUCGCACAAAUAUGUCACUCAUUGCAACCAGUUACAAAUUAGUAGUCUAACUUCCGCGAGGCUAUUGCAAAGCUAAUUUUAUUUUGCAGACGACUUAAUGAUGAUAUAUUUGUCUCCAAAAUAAGUAACAGAAAACGUACUUGUUGGGUAUGUGGCCUAUAGAUUUAAAGCAGUAGUAAUUUAAAAGAAGGAACGGUCAUGAUCAACUCUAAAAGUAAUAUUGAGCUACUGAAGUGUACACAUACAGACAUUGGGGGUCAUUCCGAGUUGAUCGCUAGCUGCUAUUGUUCGCAGCGCAGCGAUCAGGCUAAAAAUCGGCAUUUCUGCGCAUGCGUAUGCACCGCAAUGCACAAGCGCGACGUACGGGUACAAAGUCCUUUGUGGUUUUGCACAGGUUCUAGCGAAGCUUUCAGUCGCACGGCACAACGCAAGAAGAUUGACAGGAAGGGGCCGUUUCUGGGUGUCAACUGACCGUUUUCUGGGACAGUUUGGAAAAACGCAGGCGUGUGAGGGAAAACGCAGGCGUGGCUGGGCGAACGCUGAGCGGGUGUGUGACGUCAAAAGCCAUCCCACCAACGUUAGAAUCAACGCACACGAAGAGCAAGUCCAGGGCUGGUCAUGUUCUGCACAAAAUGUUUUUGCAGGCGCUCUGCUGCACAGGCGUUCUCACUAAUGCAAAGCGAAAUUACACUCCCCGGUGGGCGGCAACAAUGCAUUUGCACGGCUGCUAAAAACUGCUAGCGAGCUAUCAACUCGGAAUGACCCCCUUUGUACAUUAUCCAUUUUCAUUCAAAUAGAAAACAUUUGAAAUACAGUUUACUUCACAUGAAAGCAUUGUGUUAAUUAUCCUGGUGGAUUGUCCAUAUUAUCACAUGCUUGACUGUGUUUUAAGUUGCAACCUUUUAGCACAACGGAGGCAGGGCAGUCUUAACAGCACUUUAGGCCCUGGGCAAAGCAAUGCAGUGGGGCCCCUACACACCCGUUCAUUGGAACCAAUACAAAAUAUAAAAUCAUAACUUGACCCUCCUGCAGUCCUGCACCAUCUCUACAUGCUUUCAUGCAGUGAAUGGCUGUUAGCACUCUGAUUGGUGUAUUGCUCCAGCCAUCCACCAAUCAGCAUGCAAACAGUCAUUCACUGCAGGCUGGGAGGCAGGUAGAGAAUGCUAUCUGGCUACUCUGAUUGUGUAACCACCACCCACCCCAGAUGGACGACCCCUAGAAUUGUGGGGCCCUGGGCAGCUGCCCAAUAUGCCUAUAGGUUAAGAUGUCCCUGAACGGAGGUACUUUUGUGUGCCCCAACAUUCCAUCGUCGGGUCCCUAUACAAAAUUGAAGGCAGCAGCCCCAGCUGGGGAAGUUACAUAGUCUGUUUCAGUUAAAGGCCAAAUGGGGUUUCAUUGCACAUGACCCGGCCCAAAGCAUGCUCUGAAAAGCAGGAUUGGAGACCUUGUGUGUAGGUAUGGUGGCGCCACUGCACCCCGUGCAACAGUUGUAACUCUAACAUUGGUACCAUCCUUAAUAAACCAUAAUGCCAAAAAAAAUUGUCACAUACUGCUGUAACUGUCAAAUUUCAAUUGCUGCAUGGGCUGUUUCGCAUCACAUCUUGGUCUGCUCCAGUGCUAGACCGCCCACUGCUGGGGUGGAAUAAUGAGCACUUCAACACCAUGGGCAUUUUACAGACAUGGCCCAAUAUAAUUUGCUCCAUGAUGCAAAAUAGUGGUAAUCCCCCUCAUUAGCACCCCCUAUAGGGUAAUACCAUGCCUCAGUAAUAGACAACCCAGAGAGAGGACUAGAGACAAGAGGUGAGUCCCACAUAAGUGGCUGUAGUUGCGGGUAGCCAUGGAAGCCUGUCUUACUGCUUUAUGCUCUAGAGAGUAUCCGUUCAUCUAAUGUGGGGGAUCGUGUGUCUGCAAGUGGAAACCGGCACCGCCCAUUGAUUAUACGCUGGCAACUGCAACGGUCAUCCGAAACAGGCUUCCCUUCCUCAUAUGCAUGACUCACCGGGAGCUUUUGAUACACGGCCACCACACUCCACUGACACUCCCACAAGUCAGGACAGUUCCGUAUAUUGACUUUGCCAUCAUGUAGUUUGCACCAUGAAACGCCCUAUUCCAUUAAAAGACAUAUGGCCAAGUUGCGUCUAAGUCAGAAUACAGUACUUAAGCCUUUUAGGUGAUAAAGUGGAGAGAGAUAAAGUAACAGUCAAUCCGCUCCUAACGGCCUUGUCACAGGCUGUGUUUGAAAAAUCACAGGAGUUGAUUGGGUAUUACUUUAUCCCUCUCCACGUUAUCUCUCUCCAAGGCUUAGUACAUCUGUCCCAAAAUGUAGCUAUUAAACUUAUUUACACAGAGGGCUGAGUGGAAAGCAAGCUUGUAAUGUGUAUGGGUCUUGUGUUUUUGUGCACCAGAGCUGAACUUACACAGCUAUGGGGCAAGUUGUAUCCAAGUCAAUCAUGUCCCCACUUACAGCUAUAGGUCGAGAUGUGCUAAACCCUAAAAUGCGAUAAAAACUCUGAAAAUUAAUUUUUUUGCGGUUUUUACUGCAUUUUCCAUAUGUACCAAGCUUUUGAAUCAUUCUGGAGCUUGGAUCCAGCGGGUAACGCCAUCUUUGAGUGGCGUUAUCCAAUAGAAACCUUUGGGCUUCUGUUUGCAAUCUGACCUGAGAGGGAUCCAAUCGGAUUCCUCUAAGAACCCACCGUGGCACAUGCAUCCGUCUGCGCGUGUGCGGAAGGGCUCCCGGAUCCUAAACCCGGAAGUCCUUCUAUCACAAAGGACAGCUCUUGCUGGGAGGGAAGUCCUUUGUGAAUUUCUUGGUACAAACUAGCAUUAUUUAUGCUGGUAGGUAUCCAGAUGCGAUGCUUAGUAAAUGCCACCCAUAAUGGAGUAAGUUUGUAGCAAUGGGACAUUUGAUUGCAGGCUAAGCAUGGUGAAGGUGUAUUGAUGGUGUGGUCACAGAACUGCGGGCAUAAAUAUGCCAGUUUUCAGGAGCAUGACUUGCACCAAGGAUAAGGCUGGUACAAGGUGUGCACUGAUAAUAAUGACAGCUAUAAUAAUAAGUGUAUCGAUAGGGGUGGCGCUCUCACAUAGAUUCAUGCAACUCAACAUAUGGGUGAAUAUAUGCAUUUAGGUCCGUGCAUGCAAUGUGGGUACAAUUGCAACCAGCUUGCAUUCAGCUUUGCAUCGCCCAGUGUUUAUAAGGUGAUCACAUUUUUAUGCUAGUUUUUAAAAGCAUUAUAAAAAUUGUAAAUCAAUGUGUUUUGUUUUUUUCCUGUGCUGGAGUUGAACCCUGGAGAGUAGGAAAAGAUUGCAUUAUCCUUCCAGUGAAGGUCAGCUACAGUCAGGGGCGCCAGAUUGUUUUGAGGUUGGGGAAGGGGGGGGUUGCGCCGAAAAGCAUACAUAUUGGCGCUCACCUAGUGCGGGGGAGCGCUUACCUCCGAUACCAGCGGUGACAGCGUGCUAUGCUGUGCGCAGUCCAAGCCGACUCUUCACUGAUGCAUUACUGGGAGGAAACGUGGCCAUGCGGAGCCUGCUGGAACAUCCCCGCCUCCUCCCAGUAAUGCAUCAGUGAAGAGCCGGCUUGGACAGCGCACAGCAAAGCACGCUGCAGCUGUGCGGCAGCAGACUUUUUUUAGAGGACAAGUCACCGUGGGUAUCGGAGGUAAGCGCUCCCCCUCACCUGCGCCUGUCAUAUUGGGGGGGGGGGCAUGCUGCCCCCUUGCCCCCCCCCCAGUUCCGAUGCCACUGGCUACAGUAUAUGUCUAAUAUUGCCAAUACCAGCUAGCCAACGUACUGCAGUAUACUGUAAGUGCCAAUACCAGCUGGCCACCAUACUGCAGUAUAAGUCUGAUACUGCCAAUACCAGCUGGCUAAUAAACUACAGUAUAAGUCAGAUAUUGCCUGUCUGGGUAGGAAACAUGAGACUAUCGACAUGGUCAUAAUGUCAACAUUCAUCAUGUAGGCAGUGAUAAAAUGAGGACAUGUUAGAAUGUGAAACUAUUGUCCCUGGUGGCCCAGAGGUGACUUACCUAUUUCUGACAGCUGCAGCAACUCUGGCCAUGUCUUCCGUGACCCGGUGGUCAUGUGACCAUCUCUUCUGGGUCACACCACCGAUCCUCUGGCAUUUGGGUUAGUAUUUCUCAGCUAUCCUUAAUCUCUAACCCACCCUCUAUUGCCUAACCCCAACCUUCCCCCUGCAGCCCAACCCUAACCUCCGCCUGCAGCCUAACCCUCCAGCCCACAGAUUAACCCAAAUGCCGACAUUGUUAUUAUUGACCCUUUUAACUACAUCCCGAUAUUGCCAGCUGACCAGCAUACUACAGUACAAGUGUGAUAUUGCCAAUACCAGUUGGCCAGCAUACUACCGAAUAAUACCAUUUUCCACUAAAAUCCCUGUUCAAACCCGGGUAAUUGAACACAGGUUUCAAGCUGCGUCACACUUGCUUGAAACCCCGUAGACACCGCAGGGUGUACCCGGGUUGGUGGCAAGUCUUCCCUGAGCUGGUGCUUGGAGAUGACAUCAUCUCCAAGCGCUGGUGAGCCAGCUGUCCAUAGGCUUUUAACAGGACCCAGGUCACCCACGUACACUGCAGCUUUACCCGGGUUUUUUCUGGGUCAGACCCUGGUAGCUACUGGAUCUUGGUUAUUUUUCAGGGAACUUUUAACACUGAGUCAUGACCCAAGUUGACCUGGCAAUAACCCUGGUUAUUGUUGCAGUGGAAAAGGGUAAAAGUCUGAUAUUGCCAGCUGAGCUGCAUACUUCAGUAUAAGUCCAAUAUUGCCAACUGCUCUACAUAUUUUUAAGUCUGACAUUGAAGCAUUAUUACGAUUUGAUACAAUAUGAGGUAGGGGAUAAAAGUAUUUUUUGUCUGAAACUCCCUUUAGAAUUAAUGAAGUAAAGUAUUAAUAAUAACUAAAGCAACUGUGCAUUGACAUUCGAUGGUUGUGCUACUAACACAAAUAUACAGUAAAUCCCCAUUUAAUUCCUAAAUAAAGUAUCAUAAUACGUGAUAUAUACUGUACAUAUUGACUGUAUUAAUUGAAAAAAAGACAGUUCUAGUAAUUUACUGUAUAUACAUUUUUAUACUAUAUGAAGUGACACUUUUUUGCAUUAGUAAUGUAUUGUGUUACACAUCUUGCAUUGUUUUGGCUAUGACGUGAAACAAGUAUCAGUAACAAUCUUAAAGCAUAUUUGUCGCUUAUAUCCAGUACAUGCAGACAAUUUGUUGUUCAAGCAAUUAUUUAUAAGAAUUAUUUCAUUAGGAAAUUUUGACAUCACUGAAGUGAUAGGCUGAAUAAUGUAUCAAGCAACAAAAUGGCUGCCUUCACUGUAUAUAUGCGUCAGGCACGCUUUAAUAUUACUUGAACUAGAGUUUAAACAAUUAAAAAAAAGGUCUUUCUGAUGUACUAGUCUUGUGCCUUUUUUGUGUUUGCCCUGUUAUGUGUUGAGUGUGUAGUUGUUCAUGGUGAAUUUUCUGUCAUGUACAAUGACACAUAUAUAGUGAAUAUUCUAGAUUGCAUACUUUGGUUAUCUAUAUACUACUGAGAUUAGCUUGGGAUCUCCAAGUCAAAAACCAGUUUGACACAAAUUUCUUUAACAAAUGCCGGCCAUUUUGAAUUUACCGUUCUCCAUUUUUUUAUGUUAAUAAAAGCUCACACACUAAAGGGGCAUUGUCUAAAAUUGCAAAAUGAAUGUUAUAUUAAACAUGGUAUUAAUAUUGUGAGUGAUUUAAUGGACAUUGUGAACUUAUAUGUCAAAGUCGUAGGAAUAAAAGGUACCUAUGUAAUUAGGUUGUUUAUUUCUAAUUGGUUUAAAUUUUACAAAUUCAUUUUAUUUUCGGGGUAAAAAUUCUAUGCAAUUUUGUGGCAUGGUGUUUCUUCCAGCUGUACCUUUUGUGCUUUCCUCACAGAUCCAAAGGACAAAUAAAAUAUUAACACAAA